UCCACAUGAUCGCAUUCAGGGGGUGUGGCGUGAACUCACUCCCAGGCACGCUGGUGUGCGUGUUGCGUGUGGGUGAGUAGUAAGGGGAGCGAGCGCUGCAUAGAGAAAGCGCACUCAACGCUCGCGCAGACAAGAGAGUGGGAAUAUAGUGCGCGGUGGCAUGGCUUCCUCUCACGGGAAAAGCGAACCCAGGUUCGCCGACUGGAUGGCAAAUUUACCGGAGAGCAUGCACAGCAUCCCGCUCACCAACCUGGCCAUUCCUGGUUCACAUGAUUCGUUCAGUUUCUACAUAGAUGAGUCCUCUCCGGUUGGUCCUGAGCAGACUGAUGCCGUCCAGAACUUUGUGUCCGUCUUCGGCACGGUGGCCAAGAAGCUGAUGCGCAAAUGGCUCGCCACUCAGACCAUGAACUUCUCCAGCCAGCUGGAGGCCGGCGUCCGCUUCUUUGACCUGCGCAUCUCCACCAAGCCCCGAGACCCAGACAAUGAACUCUUCUUCGCUCACGGUCUCUUCAGCGCCACGGUGAGAGAAGGCCUGGAGCAGAUCAGCUCCUUCCUCUCGGCCCAUGCCAGAGAGGUGGUGUUCCUGGACUUUAACCACUUCUACGGGGUUCAGAACAUGCACCAUGAGAAGCUGGUCUCAAUGCUGAGGGACGUGUUCGGGGAGAAACUCUGCCCUGUUGUCUUCGCUCAGGAGGUGAGUCUCCAGUACCUGUGGGAGAAUGAGUACCAGGUAUUGGUGUUCUAUCAUAGUCCUAUGGCCCUGGAGGUGCCCUUCCUGUGGCCGGGUCAGAUGAUGCCUGCUCCCUGGGCCAACACCACUGACCCUGACAAGCUGAUCCAGUUCCUCCAGGCCUCUGUGGCUGACCGCAGGAGGAAGGGAACAUUCUUUGUCUCCCAAGUGGUCCUGACACCUAAGGCCAGCACUGUCAUGAAAGGAGUGGCUAGCGGACUGAGGGAGACCAUUACAGAAAGGGCUCUUCCAAGUAUGAUGCUGUGGAUCCGUGCCCAGAGGCCGGGAGAGAGCGGCAUCAACAUCAUCACAGCUGACUUCGUAGAGCUGGGAGACUUCGUCAGUGCUGUCAUCACUCUCAACUACCAUAUGGAAGACGAGGAAGAAAACGCCACCUGAGACUGACCAACAGGGUGGUUUAGAGUUCAAUCCACAGCCAUGUGAGGCUACGCUCGCUCUCUCACUCUCUCUUUGGUGUUCAUUUUUAGGAAGAGAGGCGGUCCUCUGACUCUUCUAGGGCUACAGUAGUUGACAGAGAGGGAGGGAGCGAGCGAGAG